AUGGCAGGGUUCCAUUCAUGUUGCGGCUUUCCACGUGGUUAUGAUUCAGUGUACGCCUUGGUUUUGGGCAUUGCCUCCUACCUCUUGGCCAUUAGCUCUACCUGGGGAUGCUACUUUGCAUCGGUGAAUUUUGUCUUUCUGAACGAUGAACCCACAAAGUAUAAGUAUAUUGAGCGUAUGUCUGUUGGGCUGUUCUCCUAUGAAGAUAAGAGUGCAUCUGCAGCAAUGACUUGCAGAUUAUACUCAGACGCGCAGAUUGAGGGUUUUGACUCGGCACUGCGAGCGGCAAGAGCUGUAGGGAUAUUGGCCAAUAUUCUCAUUGGCUCUGGGAUGAUAGUUCUUUUGUGUUUGAGCUGCAUUGCGAUACCCAAGUCUAUCAUUAAGGGAGUCAGCUUUGUCCUCUUUCUGGGAGGGCUUUUACAAGGAUUGACCUUCUUGAUCUACGCAUCAGACGCUCUGUGCGAAACUUGUGGUAUCUAUUUUGGAUCAGGACUUGCUAUCUUGUGUGUUAUUAUCACAUUGAUGAACUCAACAAUCACCUAUCAAAUCGCCUCUGAAAUUGAAGACGAAGAAGACGAUUUAAGAUGGGAUGAUUCUUUUGAACACGAAGAAGCCGUCGACAAAGAACACCAAACAAGUAGUUCCGACGAGGAGGAAGAAGACAGCUACAUCAAACACAAGCACAACAUUGAAAACAGCCACUCAAAUUCAGACGACGAAGAAGACUACCCAGGCGCAACAAGACAAAUCAUUACAACUAUUAUCAACCAGGAUGGUUCACGAACAGUAGAGGAAAAUACUGUCAAUGCAUGA